AUGACCGUUCCUGUUCCUGUCCCAUCCUCGGCACAAGCCGCCGUCACUGGCGAGCUCAAGUCCGUUGCCCUUCAACAUCUUCAUCAAUCUAUUAAUCUUACAACCCCUUUUACUACUACCGCCACCACCACUACCCACCAUGAUUCCGCUGCUCCUAUGAACUCCGAUGCCCCUGCUGCCCAUGUACACUUACAUGACAACGAGGCUGGCUUUAAAAACGACGCUUUCUUGGACACCACUAAUGAUACUCAGGAAGCUGGUUCGUUUGAAGGUCCAGAGAAGCUUUUGGAGAUCUGGUUUUCCCCUGCACCUUUUCCUCUCCAAGGCAUCCGCACCAUCCCCACAGCGUUACAACCUGCAGAUAACGACGAGACCUUUGGAGGAUCGGAUCGUUAUGGUCUUCGUAUUGUACCUAAGCCUAUUUGGGAUGAAAUGUUGGCUAUUGUCAAGUGUCAAGUCCUAAACUCGAUUCAGAACGAUUGUAUGGAUGCGUUUCUUUUGAGCGAGUCCUCUUUUUUUGUCUAUCCUCACAAGCUGAUCCUGAAAACUUGCGGCACAACCACUCUUCUCAUGGCGUUGCCCAAGAUUUUAGAAAUCGCCCAGAACUAUUGUGGUCUCGAAAAGGUUUGGCGUGUCUUUUACUCACGCAAGACUUUUAUGUUUCCCGAGCGCCAGUUGCACGUUCAUCGCGACUGGAAGGAUGAGGUUGCAUUCUUAGAUCGUCACUUUGAACAUGGAGCCGCUUAUACUGUAGGAAAGGUUAAUGGUGAUCACUGGUGCCUCUACUUGACUGCACCUCAGGACGAUUGUCUCUCGCACAUCACUUCUCGCCGUAAUAGCACCAACUCUUUGGAAGACGUCAACGUUGUCAACAAUGAGAACAACGAUGUAAUGGUUACUGAUGAACAGGGUGAAGGAAAGGUCUCUCUUCCUUUGAGCAUUGUAACCGAUGGCACCACGACCGCUGGGGUAGCAGGAGAGGAUUCUCCCUUGGUCUCACCUGGAUCUCCAUCAUCUUCAUCGUCUGUGAGCUCUUCUUCGUCGUCGAUCUCUUUUGCCUCCUCAGCUAGCAGUGUCAGCUACCUGUAUCCUUCUCAUGAUCAAACCGUUGAAAUUUUGAUGACUAAUCUCAACCCCGAGGCCAUGAAGCGCUUCUAUCAGAGACCGGACGAUGUUCCUGGCACUGUUGGUGGUGUUCGUGUGGAUCAAGAGACUGGUUUAGCAGGACUCUUCCCCCAGGCGCAGCUGGAUUCAUAUUUGUUUACUCCAUGCGGAUACUCUGCUAACGCCAUGCAGGAUGGUAACUACUAUACGAUCCAUGUUACUCCCGAGCCUGUUUGUUCAUAUGCUUCAUUUGAGACCAACAUUCCUGUGGGUCUUGGUAGCAGGAAGAGGAUCAGGGGCUCUUCUGCUUCCGGUGAUAGCACCCCUAAGUCUGCUACGUCUGGUAGCGAGAAUGGUGACGACAAAGAGGAUGAUGUGGUCAGCAAAGCGACCUACACAGGCCCUGAAACUUUGACGGAGUUGAUCUCGAGGGUAGUCGAGAUCUUCCAGCCUGGUACUAUGAGCGUGACUCUGUUUUCGUCCCAUUUGACUGAGGAUGGUCAGAUGGAGACAGAACGCCAGAUGGAGCGUCGUCAGCGCCGCAUGGUCAAAGCAAUGGGCCGUAUUGCAGGCUUCACUCGUACGGAUCGCAUCCUGUACGAGUUUGAUGGUUGCGACUUGGUCUUUGGACAUUUUGUGGCUAAAGCCUAA